UGACAUUUAUCAGAUGGUUAACGUCACAACUAUCAAACAUAUGUCAGCGUCGGCGAGUUGUUGAGCUGAUGAUAUAACAAUUUUAACGUUAUUUAAAUACUAAAAAGUGAAGAAUUAGGGCUACAAUGACCAGUACGCUCACCAAACUGUUCUCUGUAUCAAGAGCAGGUGCUCGAUUUAUCAGACCCACAAUAAGACCUAUGAGCAGCACUGAAGCAAAAGAUGGUUAUAUCAAUGUUUCAGAAAAAGAUUACUCCAUGGAAUUUAAAGAUAUUACAGAUAGAGCAGCCCAAGUAAUCUUCCUCACUGAACUGGUUAGGGGCUUGGGCGUAACUUUGGCUCAUAUCUUCAAAGAACCUGCUACCAUUAAUUACCCUUUUGAAAAAGGCCCUUUGAGCCCCAGGUUUAGAGGUGAACAUGCCUUAAGAAGAUACCCUUCGGGGGAAGAAAGGUGCAUAGCUUGCAAGCUUUGUGAAGCUAUUUGCCCUGCACAGGCAAUUACAAUUGAAGCUGAAGAAAGAGCCGAUGGGUCAAGGAGAACGACCCGCUAUGACAUUGAUAUGACUAAAUGUAUCUACUGUGGAUUCUGUCAAGAGGCUUGCCCAGUAGAUGCUAUAGUCGAAGGUCCAAAUUUCGAAUUUUCCACUGAAACUCACGAGGAGCUCCUGUACAAUAAGGAAAAGCUGUUGAAUAACGGCGACAAGUGGGAAAGUGAGAUUGCAAGUAAUAUUCAUGCCGAUCAUUUGUAUCGUUAGUUAAUUUCAUAGUUGUGUUAUAAAAUGUGUUAUAGAAUAAUAUAAUCUAUUGAAAAACA